AUGCGGCGUUGGGAUAAUGAUCGAGGGGAGAGGUUCUCCACUAAAAGUAUUCGCCAAGAGUUAGAGCUGAAAGGGACGGUUCCUAGCGACUGUGGAUGCUUCAAAUGGAAUGCUUGGGCUCCUCUCAAGGUUAACUACUUAGUUUGGCGGGCCGAGCUUAGGAGAAUUGCGGAUAAACUAAACUUGGUGAAAAGAGGGAUUAAUAUCACAAACAAUCUUUGUAGCAGGUGCGGAAUAAACGAGGAAUCAAGCGACCAUCUCUUCGUAUCUUGCUUAUGGGCUAAAGCGGUUUGGUGGAACAUUCAAAGGUGGCUAAAAAUCUCUGUGGACUGCGAGUGGGUUUCGGUUUCGCAAAUAUUUGAGCACAUCUCGGUUCAAGUUGGAUCAAAAAAGUGGAAGCAAAUAGUGCAAAUGGUGGCUAUGGCGUGUAUGUGGAGACUAUGGUUAGCACGAAACGUAAAGGAGUUCAACGACAACAUUGUCCCCGUCCAGACUAUUGUGGAGUUGACAAAAGAAGAAUCAUUCUUGUGGAUGAAGAAUAGAGCAAAGGGUAUCUCAACGGGCUGGAACGAGUGGGUCACUUUUGACAUUUCUGCUAUAUUGUAA